UUGCGCAAAAUUUGUAAACAAAACCACGAUUUUUGGAGGCGAUUUCAAAAUUUCAUUUAAAAAACCGUAAAAUUUCUAAAUUUCAUCGUUGGCAAUGAAUCUUCAAGUCUUGCCUCUUUCUGAUUUACAAUCGUUCGCCUAUCAAAAAUGCCUCAUACCUCAAGAACUUUUUCCAAAACGUACUUUGCCCGGUGCAUUGGCCAAGUGCAAGUUAUCCUCGGGAGCAGAAUAUAUUUGUAAUAUUUACCCCAUGACCAACCAAGCACCUCCAUAUUUCUGUUGGCUAGACGAUAACCUCAAAGUAGGAGCCAUAAAGAACACCAUUUCCAGCAGGUUAACCUCAUUGGAAGUCCUCAAUAAUAGUCUCCAACCUGCUUCCCGGAUAAAUCUUGCCUUCACCAUAAACGAGAAACUAUUUGAGAUCGAUAAUAUCAACAGAGAGUUCCUGAUUGACAUAGCCAAGAAAAUUCUACAACCAUAUAACUUCGUGAAUAACAGUUUCAUUGUUUUAAAGGAACUCCAAGAAAUUGGAAUCGCUGAAAUUCACGUCCAAUCGAAGGAUUCCAAUGUCUUCAAAUUCACCGACACCACGGAGGUCAUAGUUUCGAAUGUGAGAUUACAGACCUCGGGAGAGGAAUGCCAAUUUAGUAACUUGGUUGCAAUGGAAGAACCUCAAGAGGAACUCCAACAACUAAUAGAGAACAUGUCAGUCUAUGAGAAUCUCACGUGGAAGAUGAAGCCGUCUUUGAAUGCUCUCGUAAUCGGUCCAACGGGCUCUGGAAAAACUUCGAUAUGCAUGAACUUUGUGGUGGAGAAUAAUUCAAGUUGUUACAUAAUCCGAUCGGGAAAUAUUCUUGGACAAUAUCCUGGUGAAACCGAAGCCGAACUGAGGAGGAUUUUCCAAUCAGUGAAGCUCUUUAUUGAACGAUUUCAACCAAAUGAUCCAGUGGUGAUCCUCAUUGAAGAUCUUGACUUAAUCUGCCCAGGAAUCAUUAAAAACUCCACCGACUCUGGGAAUUCAAUGCGAGUUUCAGGACAAUUGAUUUCCCUACUCGAUGACCUACGAAAUUCCAUGAAAUCCUCGAAGGUUAUCGUCCUUGCAACAAGCUCUAGACCAGAGGCAAUUCUGUCGACUUUAAGACGUCCCGGUCGCUUUGGAAUCGAGAUAAAUAUUCCUGCACUUAACGAGAAUCACAGACAAGCCAUAUUUGCAUCGAUGGUGAAGAAUUCAUUCUAUGGAAGAAACUUUGCGCUCAGCGAUGAACUUCUACACACUGUAGCUAAACAGACUCAAGGUUUUGUUGCCGCAGACUUGGAACUUCUUAUUAAUUCAAUUGGUCAGGAAUUAUUACGCUCUGAUAUGACACUUGAAAAAUUCACAGAGAUUCUUGGAAGAUCCUUAAAAACAAUGAAGCCAGCAUCAUUCCAAGGAACCGAUGUGAAAGUCUUCAAAACUGAUGAAACAUUCAAUUCCAUCGGGGGAAUGGAACAUCUCAAGAAAACCCUCGAAAUUUCUGUUCUUGCGGGUCUCAAGCAGAAAGCUGCAUUUGAUCGAUUUGGAUUGUGUCUGCCGAAAGGAAUCCUCCUAUAUGGUCCUCCAGGAUGUGCAAAAACCACCGUAGCCAAGUGCUUAGCCACCGAAGCCAAAAUGACCUUCAUCCCGACAUCAGCCGCUGAGGUGUACUCUCCAUAUGUGGGAAACUCUGAGAAAUACAUAUCGAAAAUUUUCGACACCGCAAGGAAGAACUCUCCUUGUUUGGUGUUCCUCGAUGAGAUUGAUUCUUUGGUUGGGAAGCGAGCUGCUGAUGCUAAAAGCGACGUCCAAACUCGAAUCCUCUCGACCCUUCUCACUGAAAUGGACGGUAUUGGGGUUAAGUUGUUUUCUUCGACUCCUGGGGGCAACAGUAUUCUAGUAGUUGCUGCCACCAAUCGCCCUGAAAUGAUUGAUGACGCUUUGAUGAGACCCGGACGUUUUGAUAGGCUUAUUCAUGUCCCAGCGCCCGAUAGAGAUUCUCGUUUGGAAAUCCUACAAAUUCAUGCUCAAAAGAUGCCCUUCCAUGGAGAUGUUGAGCUCGAGGAGAUUGCUGACGCCACUGAGCUGUAUUCGGGAGCAGAUAUGUGCAAUUUGUGUAAUGAAGCGGCUAUGUACGCCUUCACACAAAAUAUCGACGUGGAAGACAUAAAAAUGGAGGACUUCCAAAGAGUUUUGAAAUGCCAAAAGUCUUCAUUGACUCAGACACAAAUUGAUUGGUAUAAGAACUUUGAGGGUUGCCAUAGAAGGUGAUGAAAAAAAAAGCUUUAUACAAUUAUAACGAAUUUUAAUAA